ACAAGACUAGUACUUCGGUGGCGAACGUACUGAGCGCACGCAUUCGUACGGUAGACGCCGGCGAGAGCGCACGCGUGGUGUCGAGUCUUGUGCAAAAGUGGCUUUUCGCCAAAUAUAGUGUAUAUUUUUGGAUCAUAAAUAUAAUUAAACAAUGAAUUCCGGGUGGCUAGCUUGGGAGUGUAUAGUGUUCGGUAUAUUCGUGUGUGCCUCAUCCUGUGCCCCUCUGUGGAGGCGGAGGAAGGAUGCGGCAGCCGGUGGCAGCGCCAAGCAAGCGUACAUCUUCGCUGGAGGCGGCGUCUCUACCCUGGCUAUGAUUUUAUCCGUGGCUAGAGGGACGCUGGGAGUGAGGUCGUUUUUAGGAUUUCCAUCUGAGUUGGUGUACUAUGGCUCUGCGAUGUGGGAGACACUUUACGGCAUCAUUCUCGCCUUCCCCAUCGUCUGCUGGGUCUUCGUACCAGUUUAUUAUAGACUGCAUACUAAUUCCGUGUAUGAGUAUUUACAAAUGCGCUUCGGCUCCCGAUGGGUGCGGCGCAUGGCAGCUGCAACUUUCCUUCUACGACAAGUCCUAAAUCUAUCAGUGACAGUGUACACCCCUACGGUGGCGCUCCAUGCUGUACUGGCAUUACCUCACUGGGCGUCGGCUGCAGCACUGACUAUUGUUGGAAUUGUGUUCAACUUGCUUGGUGGAUUAGCUGCUGCUAUCAGAGCUGACGUGAUACAAACUUUGACAAUGAUAUUGGUGAGCGGCGCCUUCAUCAUCCAAGCAACCAUCACAGCCGGAGGCCCACAACAAGUAGUCAGCGACAACAUUGAAGGAGGAAGACUGAAGUUCUUCCAGUUCACAGGCGACCCAACCGUCCGCGUCGACACGCUCUCAGCGAUCAUUGGCCAGCUCUUCAUGUCAGUGUCCAUCUACGGCUGCCAACAGACCUUCGUUCAGCGCUACUGUUCCAUGUCCAGUGAAGCCAGGGUCAGGAAGACCCUUUUCGCCAACGUCCCAGCUGUGGCUGUCCUCUUCAGUCUCUCCUGGGUCGUCGGUAUGACCUUGUAUGCCAUGUACAAGUACUGCGACCCUCUAUCGUCUGGAAAGAUCGCUGCUCCUGAUGAAGUUCUGCCUUUCUACGUACAAGAUCAGUUUGGUUUCCUACCUGGAAUGCUUGGACUGUUUUUGGGCAGUCUGUUCAAUGGUGCUUUAAGUUUUCUGGUAUCGAAUGUGAACUCUCUAUCCACGGUGACUUGGGAAGAUUUUGUGUCCUUCGCACCCGCUUUCAAGGGUAUCAGUGAUAAACAACAGUUGACUGUUAUCAAAAUCAUUGGAGUUAUUUAUGCUCUCAUCAUCAUGUGCUUAUCUCUCUGCGUCGGUAUUGUGGGAGGAGUCGUGGAAGGAUCACAGCUAGUCACAUCAGCUACCUCAGGGGCCUUACUAGGAGUAUUUAUAUUGGCAGCUCUCUGCCCUGUUGCCAAUGGAAAAGGAGCUCUAUGGGGCAUGAUUGGGUCUCAUAUUGUAACAACUUGGAUGGCAGCCUGUAGGUUACUGUAUGUCGAUAAAGGAGUCGCCAUGUUGCCUAUGUCUACUGAGCAAUGUCCUAAUGCAACUCUAUCGACACUGACCCACCAAGCGUUACCUGUGGAAGUGAACAAAACCCUAGCACACCUGGCGCCGCUACUGCAGUCUAUUAACAUGACUCAUCCUAUACCGACUGAAUCUCCUAUAUUAACUGGACUACAAAAGUUCUACUCAAUAUCGUACAUGUGGUACGCAGUUAUUGGUACCUUAAUCUGCGUCACAUUAGGCAACAUCAUCGGCCUACUAACAGGCAGUGAGAAAGAUGCCUUUGAUGAACGUCUACUGCACCCAGUCGUAGCCCAAAUAGCGAAGAAGCUCCCAGGACCCAAGCGGUUCUAUAGCACAGAAAAACCAGCAAUUCCUGAUGAAAAAGAAGGAGAAAAAGACUCUUCUGAGAAGACAGAAGAAACGGUAACUGAUACUGCACCAAAUGACCCAGUAGAUCAGAAACCAGGAGUUUUUGUGACUACUGGAAGUCGGUUAUUUGACGUAUAUGAUGUAAGAAGAUCUCCCACUCCUUCACUAGUAAGAACACGGUUGUGAUUCCUGUUAUUAGAAUUAAAAGGUCCUAUUUCAAAAGCAUGUGCGUGCCAUUUUAGUGUUAAAAUGGAUUGUUCGACUGUGGCAAUAAGGGUGAUUUUUGUAGUUUUGGAGAUGCUGCUGAACGUUUGUGAUGUAAAAGAGUGAUGUUUAUUGUAAAUGGAGGCUUAUAAAAUCGUGUUUGAGAAUUAUAAUCGCGUAGCAAAGAUUUUUAGUGUACAUUAAUAGAAGAAGACUAACUGUCGCACUCAGAGACAUUGUAAUGAUUACUUAAACUAUUCCUUAGUAACGAUUUUGUUCAGAAAACAAUUGCAAUAAGGACUGGGUUAAGUUAACAUUAAAUAACUCUGAGUACGACGGUAAAACGCCUAGACAAAAGCCUAGCACUUUAUCGAAUAUUAUUUCUCAAUCUAAUAAGUUUAAUAUUACGAUUAGGAAAAGAUUAUGAAUUUAUGAAAGACCUUUGACUAGACUAUCAGACCUUAAAUUUGUUUUUGGUCGAAAAAAUCUUCAAAUUGAAGUAACAAUAAUCAAAUAGAUACUGUACCCACGUUUAAAGUAAUCAAAACGAGAACGAGUUGGUCGCUGUGAUUGGUUGGUUUAUUUGAGCAGGUCAAUCAGAGCGCCGAACCGUUUUGAUUUCUUUAAACGUAAAGCAAACUCGUACUAAGGGUACUACUGUAUUGAAAUAUAAAUCAAGACGUCAAUACAGGACGUAGGCGUUAGGCAUUUAAUAGUAUAAGUAGUAGAUCAAAAUAACUAUCAAAUCUAAUUUUAAACUUAUAAAGAGCAUCGUGUGAAAUCUGAUAUAAUCAUCGUCAUUGUCGAGCUUAUAACAACCAGUUUAUUAUGGUCUGUGUAUGAUCUUUCAACACAUUUGACGGUCAGCUUAUAUUGGUUAUAACGUGUAAAUAGUAAUACACGACUGUAUUAUUUAUUAUUUUAAAUAAUGGUUCUAGAUUUUUUUUUUAUAAUUUGACGUGCCUUGUAUCUUGCCUUAUAAUAUAUAGAGGGUUAAAAGGCUAAUUGAUCUAAGUGAAUUCUUUUUGCAAAAUUAAGUUAAAAGUACAUAAAUAAACUCACACCUGUCUCCCAUAGGGGAAGGCAGAGAUAAUGGAACGCCAUUUGCAACGAAUUUUACAUACCUCUUUUGCUUCACCGACAGUCAUCAGUCUUUUCUUGCAUGCUCGUCGGCUAAGGGUAUUCUUAAUUUAUACAAGUUAGUAUCG